AUGGAGCUAUUCAAGGAGGCAGUGGAUUACCUUGAGACACAGCAUAUCCCAGUGGAGGCUGCUGGUGGUACAGGGCCUGAUCCAUUGGAGGAUGAUGUGUUCCAAGAGGAGGAUGUGUUCUCCCCCCUCCAGACAGACAGCAUGGACCUGCCCGACACCCCCGUCCUAUGUACCCUGGAAGAGAUGCUGGUUAGGAGGCUCAUGGUCCUGAGAACUGUCCUGGACAGUGAGAAGAUCUACCUCAAUGAGCUAGAGACACUGUUAAUGCCUAUGAAGGCCUUGAAGGCCACAGCAGGGACGUCUCAGCCAGUUCUAUCCAGCCAGCAGGUCCGAUCUGUGUUCUAUCAGGUGCCUGAGCUCAGAGACCUGCACAGAGACUUCUACACUUGCCUGAGGGACCGCCUGGGGCCGCUGGGGCCACAAAUACACCCAGAGACAGACCCGGGGCAGAGGCCGGGGAAAGAACAGGGCCAAAUGGGCUUCCACCUAACUGUUGGAGACCUCUUCCUUAAGAUUGUGAGCCAGCUAGGUGUGUAUCGUGGUUUCAUAGAUAACUAUGAGAGUGCUGUGGAGAUCGUGAGGAGGUGUACUCAGACUGACCAGCGCUUCAGAAUACUGGCUGAGAGUAUGAUGUUUUAUAAUGGACCAGACAAAUCUAAGACUGAAUACACCUUUGAGGCUCUCCUAUACAAGCCUCUGGACAGAAUCACCAAGACAACCUUAGUGCUGCAUGACCUGUUGAAGCACACUCCCCAGACGCAUGGUGACCACCCCGUGCUGCUGGAGGCUCUGAGACUGUCCCAGAGCUUCCUGUCUGGGGUCAACGAGGGGUCACAGUGCAAACAAGAGGUCACCCUCAGCAGGGGCAUGCGGCGUCAGCUGAUGCGUGAUGGCUUCGUGGUGGAUGUGUGUGAGGGGGGGCGUAACCUUUGCCAUCUCUUCCUGUACACUGACCUGCUGCUGUGCACCAAACUCAAGGGCGGGGCCCAAGGUAAGCAGGCCCAGUACAGGUUCUGUUGGUACCUGCCUCUAGCUGGACUGAAACUCCACUGGGGACCAGAGAGGGAGCGCACCACAGACACACACCAGCGCAUUCACACCAUGAGAGCUAAGAUGUACGUCCUCAGACACGAACUGCAACAGAUCAUGAAGCCUGUCCCACUGAAGUCUUUGGCCACUCGAACUACAGAGCGAGGCAGGAAGAAGAUGGAGCAGCUUGAACUGAUGUUUCUCACACACUCUCCCUUCCUCACCCUGGAACUACACAGCCCCAGCGGCAAGAGCCACACUCUGGUGAUGUCAUCUCUGUAUGAACUAGAGGAGUGGAGAGAGGCCAUCCACAAACUCACCGGAGAUAACAUAGAAACGGUUCCUCCAGAUCUGCUCACCUUGACCAGCUCCUGUGUCAAACUGAGAAUGACCCAACAGCCUCCCCUACACAGCAUACUGCCUCAAAGUGAGGAGUCUCUAUGUGGGACUCUCAGUGUAGCCAUUCACUCUGCCUGUGGAUUACAACAGCCAGCCAGUGUGUAUGUGUGUGUGGAGGUGGAUGGCUUUGAGUUCUAUGAGAGCCAAGCCCAGACCCAUUCCUCUGUCAGCAGCCUCAGCCCUCACUGGGACCAGGAGUUCUCAUUCCAGGUGGAUGGGGCUCAGAACCUCAGGGUGCUGGUUGUGUUACAGCCAGAGGUAGGAAAGAGCUGUGAGGGUCGAGUCCUUGGCAAGACCUCCAUGCAGCUGGACCCAGCCCUCCUACAGAAGCGAUGGAGGAGACAGACCGUAUCUCUAGGCCAGGUGGUUGUGACUCUGUCUCUAAAGUACUACCCUCACCCUCUAGACCGGCCCAGUCUGGCCCCCGCCCAGCAACAGCGCAUCUUCUGCAUGCCCAUUGGAGCUGUGGCACAACAGGAGGGAGUCCUGGUACCACAUGUGGUGCGUUGCUGUGUAGAGGAGGUGGAGAGGAGAGGAAUGGAGGAGGUGGGCAUCUACAGGCUAUCAGCAGCUACCAGUGACAUCAACAACCUCAAGACUGCCUUCAACACCAAUCUGCGUGAGGCAGUGUCCAGGUUGAGGUGUGUAGAUGUGAAUGCUGUCUCAGGUAUACUGAAGCUCUACUUCAGGGAGCUACCGGAACCCCUUAUACCUACAGAGCUGUUUCAGAGCUUCACCAAGGCGUUGGACAUCCCAGACCGGAGCUCCAGGAGUGUGUCCAUGUUGUCUCUGCUCCAGUCCUGUCCCUCCGUCAACCAAAACACCUUCCUGUUCCUCCUCCACCACCUCAAACGAGUGUCAGAUAGACAGGAUGUGAACAAGAUGCCUCUAAUGAACCUGGCCACUGUGUUUGGUCCCAGUCUACUGCGCCCCCCUGUGGCUGUUCUGGGGCAGAGCAGCCCACCAGUGGACAUUUCUCAGGAGGUGGUGGUGCAGGUCCAGGUUGUGUAUUCCUACCUGCAGUGUGACAACCUGCCAGCAGCCCAGACCUGCAUACCACAUGACACAGCGACCACUGAGGAGGAUUAGACAACAAGUAAACCAACUCCUGGAAACAUCACGGUUGGCCAACAGAAACUCAGGGGAGAAAGAAAGAAGACUUGUAAACUACAGACACUGUAAAGAUUAAAUGUAUUUAUUUGGGUUGACAGACCUGUCCUUUACUUUAUAUGACGUACUAGGUCCUAGGAGGUAGAGAAAUGGACAGCGGAUGCACAUGGGAGGGUGUAAGGAGACAGUAGAUUUGGGGGUGGGUUGUUGGGAUUGGGGUGGGUCUGCAGAUGUUGUAAAAAGGUUGGGGGUCACCUCCCUAGCUUGAAAUCCCAUCAGUUAUGGUUCAAAUCCAACUAGACGGAGUUCACACACACACAUACGCACACACACUCCCAAGCCACUAGACUGCUGAAUAAUUCAUAAAAAUCGCCACAGGACAAUUUUUAUUGACCCCCCCCCUCUCUUGUACACUGCUGCUACUCGCUGUUUGUUUGUUACCUUUGCAUAGUCACUUCGACCCCACCUACAGGUACACAACUAGCCUGUACCCCUGCACACUGACUCAGUACUGGUGCCCCCUGUAUAUAACCUCGUUAUUCUUAUUCUUAUUGUGUUACUUUUUAUUAUUACUUUUUAUUUUAGCCUACUUGGUAAAUAUAUUCUUAUUUUUGAACUACACUAUUGGUUAAGGGCUUGUAAGUAAGCAUUUCACGGUAAAGUCUACACUUGUUGUAUUCGGCGCA